GUUUAGAAAGAGAGAGAAAAUUAUUAUUUAUUUCGUUUGACACAUUAUCAUUUUUGUAAAUAUUUACUAGCUAAAGCAUAAAAUUAGUAUAAUUAGAAAAUAAUAUAAACAAUGGUUUUGUGCCAGUAUUAUUUGUCUGGUAAUUGUCGAUUUGGCAAUGCAUGUAAAAAUGAACACUCAAGUGGCCAAGGAACCAAAACACUGGCAAUUGUUGGAGAAGAAAUGCUUUUAGCUGAACGUGGUGGACAAUGGCCCUUGUCAUGUUUUAGUCCAACAAAAGAUCAUGCUUGUAUUCCAGAUAUGAAUGAUGUAUCACCUGAAGAAGUUAGAUGGGAAAUGUAUCAGGCUCAAAAGUCUGGUACUGUUGAUCAAACAAAACUUCAAUUUCAACAAUUAUGUCAAGAAAUGAGUAGAAAAAGAGAAUUUUUAAAAAAUCCAUCAAAUGAACUUCUUGUAAUGUUGGAUAAAAUACACAAAAAUAAUAGAGAAACUGGAUUUUCAAAUAAAUCAUUUACAUCAGCAACAGCUACUAGUCCAUUUGGUGCUACAACAGGAAGUAAUUUUGGUACACCAGCAUCAUCAUCAACAACAACAGCAUCAGGAAUAUUUAGUCGUGGAAUGACAACUAAUACACCAUCUGUUUUUGGUGGACAGCCAUCAUUUGGUGGAGCUCCAGUUUUUUCUACUCAAUCACCAUCAACAAAUUCAAUAUUUGGUGGUGCAGUAAAUUCGACAAAUUCAGUAUUUGGUGGUAAUCAAAAUAUGCCAGGAUUUACUUCAUCAAAUCCACAAUCUUCUUCAUCAAUAUUUGGUGGUAGUACAAGUGGUGUUGUUAGUGGUAGUACAACUGGUACAUCUGUAUUUGGACAGCCCAGUGCAUUUGGUAGUACAGCACAAACUCCACAACAAAAUAUAUUUUCAAAUACACAAACAACAACAUCACCAUUUGGUGGUGUGCCAUCAGCAACUGGUACUUUAUAUGGUGGUGCAACAACAAUAACACCAACACAAUCAGCUGGAUCAAUAUUUGGCUCAUCACAGCCAGCAUUAUCAAAUUCAUCAUCAAUAUUUAGUCAACAAAAGCCAGUAUCAUCAGGAUCGGCAUUUGGUGGUGCGCCAGUAUUUAGUAAUUCAACUACAUUUUCAUCAGCACAACAAAAUCAAGGCUUUGGUGCACAGCCAGCAUUCAAUAUGACAAAUAGUGUUUUUGGAUCAAGCACAACAACAUCAAAUACAUUUGGUGGAUCAGCUGGUAAUACAAAUAGUUUUGCUGCACUUGCAACAACACCACAACAACAAAAUUUAUUUCAAAAUAAUGGACAAAAUACAACAUCACCAUUUGGUAAUGCUGUAUCAUCAACAAUGACAAAUUCUAGUCCAUUUGGUGGAUCAAUUAAUUCAACUUCUACUUUUGGUAAUAAUAAUUUUGGCAAUCAAAGUGUUGAUGUUAAUUCUGGAUUUGGAACAAGUGUAUUUACAAGUGUUUCAUCAAAUCAAGGCUAUGGAAAUGCACCAGCUUAUGCUAGUACACCAAGUACACCAUUUGCUUCUACAACAUCAACAUCAUCAAUCAGUAAUCCAUUUGCUCAAAAUGCUCAACAAAUGUCAGCUGUUCUUGGUGUUACUGCUUCUGGCACAACAUUUGGUGGAAUGUCAGCUGGAUUAGCUAGAGAUAAAAAAAUAUAUACUGAUGACUCUGAACUCACUGAUGAUGAAAAACAAAUGUUCAUGGCAGAACAAUUUAUUCUUGGAAAAAUUCCCAUUAAACCACCGUCAAUUGAACUUUCAGAAUGUAAAUAAGGACAACUUUAUAAUUAAAAAAAAAAGAAAAGUAAUUUUUUUUCGCCGAGGAAGAUUUAAUUUUGAUUUUUGUUGUUUUUG